AUGCGACGCUGCGUCAGCUGCAAACAUGGCUUCAAGAUUAGAAAUCAAUUUUAUCCGUUUGUUGUCCCGCUGUGAAUCUAUAGCUUCUGAGAAACGAGCGGAAACCGAAUGGAGGCUAGAAAAGUAUGUUGGAGCCCUGGAGGAGAUGCUGGUGGCUCUGAGGAAAAGCCUGAGCAAACCAACUGUAGAAAUACUGACUGAAUAUUCAAGGAAAGUAGAUUUUCUGAAAGGACUUCUUCAGGCAGAGAAACUGUCUUCACCAACGGAAAAGGCUUUGGCCAACCAGUUCCUCGCCCCUGGGCGAACACCCACAAUAGCCAAUGAGAGGAUGCCCGUCUCAAAAACUGUCCACAUGCAGACGAAGGCCCGGUGUACAGGAGAGAUGAGGGACGAGCUGCUCGGCACGGGACUGUCAGGCAAAGGCACGUCGGAAACAGACCUGCGAAACAGGAGAGGUCUUCCUCUGGAUGAGCGUCAGUCUGCUGCCGAGCUGGAGGCCGUCCUGCACCACCACCACAACCUGCAGGAGAAACUGGCCGAUGACAUGCUCAACCUGGCCCGAAACCUGAAGAACAACACUCUGGCCGCACAGAACAUCAUCAAACAGGACAACCAGACUCUGAGUCAGUCCAUGCGUCAGGCAGACAUGAACUUUGACAAGCUGAAGACGGAGUCGGAGCGGCUGGAGCAGCACACCAAGAAGUCCGUCAACUGGUUGCUGUGGCUGAUGCUCAUCCUGGUCUCCUUCAGCUUCAUCAGCAUGAUCCUCUUCAUCAGAAUCUUCCCCAGACUUCGAUGAUGACCGUCUGCGAUCUCGAACUCUUAGCGCGACGUCCUCCUGUGUUUACAGAGAAGUAACUACAUAGGCCUCAUAGAUCUGCACAGCCCGUCUGUGUGUGUGUGUGUGUGUGUGUGUGUGUGUGUGUGAGAUGCAGAUUCGUAGUGGUCAGAACCAAAACAAUCGAAACAUUUGCACUUUUGAGACUAAACGACCUGAUGGAAGUUAAAAAAUGUGGUUUGAAGCAUCUGUAUACCUUUUUUCUUUUCUUUUUAAAUGGAACAUAAAUGGAGGUGAAGAGCUUCUUGUUGGAGGGUUUUUGCGAGUAGCAACAUAAGUCUUAAUAGCCAGACAGCAGAGGCUGCGCCUUAAUCGUUUUAAACCCCUCAUCAGGGAGGCUACAAGUCACUCAAUAUGUGUAUGUACUGUUUCACGGAGUGCGGCCAAGAUCAUCUUUUAUAGAACAAGCAUACAUCUUAAAGAGUUCAUAAACCGUCCGGCAUCUAAUGUAUGUUAGCCACGGUUUAGCACUAUAUUGACUUAAUUGAAUAUGUAAAAAUUUGACUUGUGUGCUAUAACGUGACUUUAACUGCCUCCUAGUUGACAUUUAUAAGCACAAUAUAAAUGUUAAUAAAAUGUUUUAUAACACUAUACUGUUGCUAUGAGGAUAUUUGCAUAUGUUUGUCAACAAUUCUAACUUCCAUGAAGACAUGAUAUUAUUAUAUUUACUAUCUUUUUGUUCGUUAUCUGUUUAAAGUGCAAUAUAGUGUCAUGAGCCAUUCAUUAAAUGUUUAUAUGGUGCUUAUGAAUGCUAUAUAAGGGCGUUAAUGCGUUUGCCUAAAAUGUAAUAAUAAUACAAAUUGCAAAACAGAUUGCAAGCAUCAAUUUCAUUUCUCACCUUCACGUUUUGGAGACAUUCAUCUUGAAGAGGUGUAGAGUGUUUUCCCGUUAGAUGUUAGUUCACCACUCCUCAUUAUGUCCUCAGUCCUGUUUGUUGUUUAGGAAUCUGUAUGUUUUGGAGGUUUAUUAAAAAAAAAAAACUGAUGACGACUGAUGUUGAAGUACGAUUUUGUUCUCAUUAAAAUGGA